CAUACAUACAUACGUAUGUUCCUCGUUCGUAUGCGAAAAAGAAGAUAAAGAGAAAAAAAAUAAAAGAAAAAAAAAAAUAAAGAAAAAACGAACAUGUGACAUGUGACUUUGAAAUAUUGCAUCUCUUAUGUGCAUAGUGUCAACGCAAACUAGUUUUAUAAACGAGGAAAAAAAGAAAGAGAAAGGGAAAAAAAGAGAAACAGAAAGAGAGAGAGAAAGAAAGGCAAUGGGCUUGGCAACGUCAUGGUGAAUUCAUUCGAAUUAGAUCGAUCGUUUACGCGUGACUUUUACAGAAACAUACUCGUCGGGGUCGUUGCAUUUGACAGGUACUACACACGUGCUCUUGAGAUAAGCGAUCGUUCCACGUGCCUUUAGAGCGCCUCAUCCGUUCAGUUCACCACGCUGUCUCAACGGUGACACCGAUGCGUGGAUGAAACAUAAAUGUUGCUGGUCCCUUUUGUACUGGGCUUGGCCCUGCCCAUCAUGGGCGAAUAUAUUCCACCUGGACCAAGAUUUACGUGUCCUAAGAUACCCACUGAUAUUUACCCUUGUACUUGCGUUCGUGGAAGUGACAGAGGACUAUAUAUUCAUUGCGAAAAUACAAAUUUAGCUAGCUUGAGCCUGGCUUUUGUUAAAUUAGGGAACGAAGGUAUGCCUAUCGAAGAAUUGAUCCUGUAUAAAUGCAAUAUCGGACGUUUCUAUGGGCCAGCUCUUUAUCCAUUAGACAUUAGAGUCUUAAAAUUUAUUGAUACGCCAUUGAGAUUAAUCGAGGAACACAGUUUUCUCGGAGUGAACAGAACCCUUCAGGAACUUUAUUUGAUAAAUAGUCGUCUUGAAAAGUUUCCAAGAGAAGCACUACAAAUUCUAGGAAAUCUUAGUCUAUUGAGUAUCGUUGGACAUCGUAUCGUUAUUUUACCAGGGAACAGUUUCGCUGAGAGUGCCGCAGCCGCGAAAUUAGAAAAAUUAGAAAUCAGUAACGGAAUUAUGUCCUCAUUACCAGUCGAAGCGUUGCAACCUUUGAAAAAAAUGAAAACUCUGGAUCUUCAUGAUAAUAAAAUCAAAGAUUUAAAAAGAAAUCAAUUUAAGGGACUCAGGGAUACCGAAUUCCUUGAUUUGUCGAACAAUCUUAUUGAUAAGUUGGACGGCUCUCAUCUUGCCGAUCUUACCAAAUUGGGAUGGUGUAAUUUUUCUCAUAAUGCGAUCUCAGACUUAAAGAGGGGAACUUUUGCAAGAAAUUCCGUCUUGAAGGUUCUCAAUUUGAGUCACAAUAAGAUCAGGAAACUUGACUCAAAUACGUUCCGUGGUAUGCGUUUUCUAAGACGUUUGUUUUUAAGCAACAAUCAAAUUAAUGAAGUAGGCAGAGGUACUUUUGGCUCGAUCACAAGAAUCGGUACCAUAGAUUUAUCACGGAAUUUCAUCAAGAAAAUCGAUUAUCAAAUGUUUCAUCAGUUACAAUUUGCUGAGCUCAUAGAUGUCUCCGAGAAUUUCGUGACAACCGUAGAGAAAUUAGCAUUCAAGGAUCUUUUCCUGGCGAAAGUGAAUCUAUCUCACAAUGAAAUUGCUACAAUAGAGCCUGAAGCAUUUGAGAACUGCGCCAAUAUUACCUCGCUCGAUCUUAGUCACAACAAACUUGAGAAUAUUUCGAAAUAUUCCUUCGACAGUUCAACGUACGCCACCGAACUGCAACUCAGCUACAAUCUGUUCACUUCGUUGGGUCAGGUACCAUUGCACAACAUGACUGGGCUAAAAAUACUCAAUGCAUCUCACAACUUGAUACAUUCGGUUCCACGUCAAACGUUUCCGAAGCUCUACGAACUCCAUACAAUUGAUCUGUCUUACAAUAAUCUUUCGGACAUACACAAUGGCGUCUUUCAAACGCUCUUUAGUUUACGAUUUUUAAAUUUCUCUCAUAAUUCCUUGGAGAAGAUAAAACCGUCGACGUUCGGUCCAUUGCCGACAUUACUCGAAUUAGAUAUGAGCUACAAUCAACUCAACGACAUAGCACGUGGUAGUCUAACCAGAUUAGCCAGUUGCAGAAGCAUAACCGUGAAGAACAAUCGACUGAGCAAGAUAUUUCAAUUGCCAAAUCCGUUGGGUCACUUGGACUUUUCAGAAAAUUUGCUCGAAGAAAUACCAACGUUGGAGGUAUGGCCUACGAUGAACGCUCUCCUUUCGUUGGAUCUUUCGAGGAAUCGACUAGGCGAUAAUCUUCGGCAUGGGAGCUUCGAAAACCUGUUGACCUUGAGGACCUUGAACCUGCAAGCGAAUAAUAUAUCCAUACCACCGUGGGAAGCCUUGAGUACUUUAAGCAGUUUGCAAUAUCUCUAUUUACAGGACAACCAUUUGACACAACUUGGCAAAGCGGCAUUUGGUCGUCUACCAAUUGUAUUUGAAUUGAAUCUCGCUAAUAAUCAGAUUCACAAUAUAAAUAAUCGCGCUUUCGAAGGUCUUCUUCAAUUAUUGACUUUAAAUUUGACAAACAAUAAUAUUACUUACAUACCAAACGGGGCAUUCCAAGGUUUGGUUUCUUUAAGAACGCUCGAUCUAUCCUACAAUAAAUUAGAAAGGUUGGAUAAUAAAACUCAUGGAUUGUUAGACGAUUGUCUGUCAUUAGAACGGCUCAAUCUUAGUCAUAAUAAAAUCUCUUUCAUCACGAGAAAAAUGUUACCCAAUGAUCCUUGGAUUCCAUACAAAUUGAAAGAAGUGGAUCUCUCGUACAACACAAUGCCUGUAGUAACGUUCGAGUUGACCAUCGGUGGAAAAAAACUUCAAUACUUAAAUCUAAGUCAUAACAAUAUUAAUGAGAUACGUCGUUACGUAAUCGGUAAUCUCACAGCAUUGCACUCGUUGGAUUUAUCGUAUAAUGAUAUCAAUGACAUCUCAGAACCAAACGUUUUCGAACCACCGAAUAAUUUAAGUUACUUAUACCUAAGCCAUAAUCAUCUGACGUAUUUACCAAUGUAUAAAAUUCUACCAUUGCGAAACUUGAUGCUUUUGGAUUUGGAAAUGAAUAAAAUCGAUGUAUUCGACGAGAAUUUCAUGAAGAUUAUUCAAAAUGGCACGAGAAUUCAUUAUUUUGGAAAUUUGUUGCAUUGCGAUUGUCACGUUCGACCUCUAAAAAGAUGGUUGAACACAUUCAGCAAAAUGCCAACGGAAUGGUCGAAUGUUACAUGCAAAAGUCCAAAUUAUGUUUCUGAAAAGCUUCUUUCUGAAAUAACGGAAGAUCUGAUGGGAUGUAAUACAGAAGAGAUAUACGAGAACGAACAAUUGGAUAUCACACCCGACGUGAAGUAUCGAAAUAUCGAGUAUGACAAAGAGGAUAAGAGUUGGAAGGCCACGUGGUACGUGACAUCGCGAGAAGACAUCGGUGAUUUUUAUGUAGUAGUACGAGAGUCGGGAAGCAGCAAGUCAACGAUCGAGAAGGACCUCGUUUACAAUGCCAGGUCUUAUAAGAUUCAGGAUUUACCUGUAUCGAGGAGCAAGUACGAGCUUUGCGUACUGGCUAGAGAUUCCGAAGGAAACGUGAAACAUUUCCGAGAAUCGCAAUGUCAGAUUCUGAACGAACAAACUUACGGUAGAACGGCACAUUUAAGAAGCAGUUUCUCUCUAAUCGCGAUCGUUCUCUUUCUUCGUAUACUCCUUUGAAACUCGUUUGGAGAUAAAUUUUUUCGAUAUACAAAUUUAAAGAAAUUAUUUGUGAAAAAGAUAUUACAUCCUUACGUAUUACAUACGUAACGUUCUUGAGAAACAUUAGAGAUUUAGUUACAUUUGAUAUGUUUCUUGAUCCAUGUAAUUUAGAACGUAGUAAUUGCGUAACCUAAAUUAAAAACACACAUACAUAUUCUCAUACAUAUGUAUCUUAUUGAUUAUAUGUGAAUAGUUAUUGUCGAAGGGUAGAAUUGUACAUAUGAAGGAUCGUGUACGAAUCGAAGGACGUUGAACGUCGGCUAUUUAUUUUUGUAAAAUAUAUAAUUACAAUUAAAUAAUUAUACUAUCUGGUA